AUGGCCAGAGGGUCACCCUGUGUAGUACCUUCAGUUGACUGUAUAGUCUCUCCUCCAAUCACAUACAUCAAUAUGUCAACUCUCAACUCGACGGUUCAAAGCAUUGAAGUAGUAGUAGUAGUAGUAGUAGUAGUAGUACCCCUGGACAAGAGACCUGGUGUCAGACCAAUUGGAGUUUGUGAAACACUUCGUAGAAUAAUUAGCAAGGCUGUCCUGAGUGUGGUAAAGUCAGAUAUUUUGAACGUAGCCGGACCCCUACAACUCUGUGCUGGUCAGAACGUCGGAUGCGAGGCUGCCAUACACGCUAUUCGAGGUAUUUAUGAUGAAGAUGAAACAGAGGCCGUGCUAUUUGUAGACGCAACCAAUGCUUUCAAUACUUUGAACCGUCAAGUUGCUCUGGCUAACAUAUCUGUCAACUGCCCAGCCAUCUUUCCAAUCUUGGCCAACACGUAUCGACAACCUUCUUCAUUGUUUGUAGGUGGAGAAACGUUGCUUUCUAGUGAAGGAACAACUCAAGGAGAUCCCUUAGCGAUGCCAAUGUAUGCUCUGGCCACAAUUCCACUUCUAAAGAGUGUGCAGACGAAUGGUACAAAGCAGGUAUGGUAUGCAGAUGAUGCAGCUGCUGGAGGCUCGCUAGACUGUCUACAUAAAUGGUGGAACAGGUUGGUUGACUUAGGUGCUAUGUUUGGGUAUCUUCCAAAUCCCAAAAAGUCAUGGUUGCUAGUGAAAUCAGGAAAUAUUGACAAAGCUACACAUCUCUUUGAAAAUACCAAUAUCAACAUUACUACAGAAGGACAAAAGUACCUUGGAGCUGCUAUUGGAAACAAAGAUUUCUGCAAUAACUUCCUGCAAGAAAAGGUGACCAAUUGGAAGUUACAAGUAGAGCGACUCAGUUGCAUUGCCCAAACUCAACCACAAGCUGCUCACUCGAUAUUCACACGGGGUCUGAUUGGACGCUGGAAAUUUGCACUCAGAACCAAUGAAAACUUUGCAGCGUACCUUAAUCCUCUGGAGGAGGCGUUACGAUCCAAACUGAUUCCCGCCAUAACCAAUAGAAGUACUCCAGGAGACAAGAUGAGAAGGCUUUUUGCAUUACCACCUCGACUAGGCGGCCUUGGAAUUGUAGAUCCACGUUCGUUGACUUGUGAGCUGGAAUACUCAAAGUUAAUUUGUGCGCCACUGGUCAACCGAAUUGUGCAACAAGAAACAAACCUGGAUAACGUUCCUACCAAGCAGAAUUCUAUGAAAGCUAGCAUUCGCCAGCAAAAACAUCUAGCACAAAAGUCUCAUUCUGAAAUCACUGUCAAUGAUCUAUCUGUGGAAUUGAAACGUUCAGUUGAAUUGGCCUGUGAGAAGGGUGCCUCCUGCUGGCUGACCGCAAUCCCACUAGAGCAACACGGAUUCACUUUGCACAAAUCUGCGUUUCGGGAUGCCCUGUGCCUCAGAUACGGUUGGCACCCGUCCAACCUCCCAGACAUAUGUCCAUGUGGAUCUAAAUUCUCAGUAGAUCACUCUCUGUCAUGUCCAACAGGAGGAUACCCCAGCAUCCGCCAUAACGAGGUCCGCGAUUUAUUUACCAACUUGUUGACAGAGGUUUGCCACGAUGUACACAAAGAGCCCGUUCUGCAACCUCUCAACGGCGAGGUGUUUCAAAAACGCUGUACUACCUCUGACGAAAAUGCCAGACUUGAUAUUGCUGUCAGUGGAUUUUGGGGUGGGCACUUCCAACGAACUUUCUUUGACGUCAGGGUCUUCAACCCUAAUGCCUCAUCCUACAAAUCAGUGCAGAUCCCGUCAUUAUAUAAACGGCAGGAACAAGAGAAGAAAAGGCGAUACGAGGAACGAAUUAAUAACGUGGAGCUUUCAUCGUUCACGCCAAUCAUUUUAGCAUGCACUGGAGGAUGCAGUAAACUGACGUCUAUUUUUUUGAAAAGACUAGCCUCACUUUUAUCGGAAAAGCACCACACCGAGUACAGCACAACUAUCAACUGGCUGAGAUGUCGACUGUCAUUUGCACUCCUUCGGGCCUGCGUGAUGUGUUUGCGAGGAUGCAGGUCCAAGCUUCACAGAACCUCAAGGGACUUCAACAUUCUGCUGGAAGCAGCAGAAAGUAGAUUAUAGAAGACUGUUUAUCUCAAAGUUGUUACAACCUAGAAACUUGUUGCUAUAGAGGAAGCUUUUACAUACAGUAGUAGUAUUUUGAAAAAAGUAGUAGAGAUUUUAUUAUUAUUAUUAGUAGUAGUAGUAGUAGUAGUUUAUUCAAGUAGUAGUAGUAGUAGUGUGUUAGCAGAUGCCGUUUGAUUGUUCAAAUACACCAGUUCUCAGUAGUAGUAGUAGUAGUAGUAGUAGUAGUAGUAGUAGUAGAGAAGAAACGCGCUUACGGUGAGAGAAUUCGGGAAGUUGAGCAUGGGUCUUUCACUCCAUUAGUGUUUACGUCAUACGGAAGCACAGGCCCAGAGGCAACAACCUUCUAUAAGCGAGUGGCAAGUCUGCAUGCAGCCAAGUCAGGAGAGCAGUACAGUAGAAUUAUGCAAUUAAUUCGCUGUAGAUUGAGUUUUGCCCUACUUCGCUCGAGUAUACUGUGUAUCCGUGGAACAAGAUCCUCUACGUAUAGACCUAUCAAAGUGGACCUGCUGGGACUCAUUGAAAGUGAGGCCCACCUAGAUGAGUAGGUGGUGACUAUAGCUUGUGAUAAUAGUUAAGCAUACAGUGUAAUGACAUAAAGUAGUAACUGACUUUUAAUUGUUUGUUUUGCUGCGUGCGUAUAUCUGUCACUUAUA